UGUUGUUUUGGUGGCUGAGCAGCAUUGAAAUUUGAAAAUAAACACGGCCAGGCUUCAGAGCUUGUUGCUUCAGAGAGUUCAGACAGACGGCUAAAAUUUUAUAUUUUCAAAAAUAAGUGUGUUUAAAGUUGCAAAUUUAAACACAGUUAGGUCCAUUUAUGUUUAGUUUUUUACGAGUUGCAUGCGCACACACCAGACACACCAGUGUUAAUCGCUAAUCGGAGGAAAAAUGCCUGACAUCAAAGUCACGCCGCUUGGUGCCGGGCAAGAUGUGGGUAGAAGCUGCAUUUUGCUCUCGAUCGGAGGGAAAAACGUGAUGCUUGACUGUGGCAUGCACAUGGGCUUUAACGAUGAACGCCGAUUCCCUGAUUUCACUUACCUGGCGCCUGAAGGGCCUCUUGACAAUCACCUCGACUGCGUCAUCAUCUCACACUUCCACCUGGACCACUGUGGUGCUCUGCCCUUCCUAACAGAAAUGUUUGGCUACUCAGGACCAAUUUACAUGACACAUCCAACCAAGGCCAUCUGUCCCAUUCUUUUGGAGGACAUGAGGAAAGUUGCAGUCGAACGGAAAGGCGAAAGCAACUUUUUCACCUCGCAAAACAUCAAAGACUGCAUGAAGAAAGUCACUGCUGUGACUUUGCACCAGAGCGUCAUGGUGGACAAAGACCUUGAGAUUAAGGCCUACUAUGCAGGCCACGUCCUCGGCGCUGGCAUGUUCAGGGUCACCGUUGGAUCUCAGUCGGUCGUCUACACAGGUGACUACAACAUGACUCCAGACAGGCAUUUGGGUGCUGCGUGGAUCGACAAGUGCAGACCUGAUCUGCUUAUCACAGAAUCUACCUAUGCCACCACCAUUCGAGACUCAAAAAGAUGCAGAGAAAGAGAUUUCCUCAAAAAGGUGCAUGAGUGUGUUGAACGAGGCGGCAAAGUUCUGAUUCCAGUUUUUGCUCUUGGACGAGCGCAAGAACUUUGCAUUCUUCUCGAAACCUACUGGGAAAGAAUGAAUCUCAAGUCUCCGAUCUACUUUGCUCUUGGUCUGACAGAGAAGGCGAACAAUUACUACAAAAUGUUCAUCACAUGGACAAAUCAGAAGAUCAGAAAGACCUUUGUGCAGCGUAACAUGUUCGACUUCAAGCACAUAAAACCGUUUGACAAGUCCUACAUCGACAAUCCAGGGCCCAUGGUAGUGUUUGCCACGCCUGGAAUGUUGCACGCCGGCCUCUCUCUGGCCAUCUUCAAAAAGUGGGCACCAAAUGAAAACAACAUGGUGAUCAUGCCUGGUUACUGUGUAGCUGGAACAGUUGGACAUAAAAUUUUGAAUGGAGCCAAAAGAGUUGAAUUCGAAAACAGGCAGUUUGUUGAAGUAAAAAUGUCCGUAGAGUACAUGUCAUUCUCAGCGCACGCUGAUGCGAAGGGCAUUAUGCAGUUGAUUCAGUACUGUGAGCCUAAGAAUGUGAUGCUGGUUCACGGGGAAGGCGGCAAAAUGACCUUUUUAAAGGACAAAAUUGAACAGGAAUUUGGCGUCAAUUGCUACACACCAGCAAAUGGAGAAACAAGCACAAUUUCCACAAUUCCCUCAAUCUCGGUGGACGUUUCCCUCCCCCUCUUGAAAUCGGAAGCCAAAACGUACAAUGGACAGCCACCUGACCCUAAGAAGCAGCGUAUCUUGCAUGGAGUUCUCGUCAUGAAGGACAAUGCCCACUCCAUGUGUCUAAUGGACGUAGAACAGGCAUGCAGAGAAGCAGGCAUCGCUCGACAUGUGCUCAGAUUUUCUUCCACUAUCACAGUCGAUGACGCAGGACCGUCAAAUAAAACUGCAGAGAAACUCCACCAAAUGAUCAAGAGUCGGUUGGAAGAUUGGAAUGUGCAGCUUACGGAUGGCGCAGUAUCUGUAGAGUCAGUAAUUGUGAAUGUCGACAGUUCCGAGAAUGACAAGAAAAACAUUCUUGUUUCUUGGACAAAUGAGGAUGAGGAACUGGGAAGUUUUAUUCUGAAAUUGCUGCAAACUCUGAGUAGGUAGGAAAAACGAAAAAAUCAUGUAAGCUAAGGAUAAUAAAUUGGUAAGGAAAAAAUAAUAAA